AUGAAUAAAUGGCUUAAAAAAAGAUAUAAAAAAUAGUUAGUAAUUUCAAAAUUACCAAUAGUGUUACUACAGAUAUUUUAGCUAGAGGACUUGAUUUUGAUGAUGUUCAUUUUGGUUAUUUAAUUUGAUCAACCUGAAGAUCAUAGUAACUUAGAUCAGGUAGAACAGCAAGAUAAGAAAAAUAUGGAAAAGCAAUUCAAUAACUUGAAUAACAUGAUAGAGGAUUUUAUUAAUUCAUAGGUUAAUCAAAAGGCUAAGCAGCGUUUAUUUCAUUUAUUUGCAGUUACGAUAAGAGAAAUAAAGAUAAGAAAUUAGAAGAUAGAAAAAUGCAAUAAUAAUAAGUAUCUAAGAAAUAAGAAAAAACCAUUAAGAUUAUCAAAUCUAUUCUAAAAGAAGGUUAAAUAAUAACAUGAUUAUGAAGAUGAUAAAGAAAUUAUGAAAGUUAUUGUUAAUAUUGAUCUUAAGAAGUAAAAUCUAGUCAAGUUAGAAAUAAUGCAAAAUCAAUGUAAAAAAAUUUAAGAAAGAAAUUAAGAAUUUUUAUGCAUAAGUAUUUAUAAUAUGCUGAUUAUGAUAAAGAUGAAUUGUGAUGUAAAUAUUAAUUUUUAAUUAUAUCUAUAAAUUAUUAUUGUAUAUAAAAUGCUGAAUAGACAAAUAAAAUCUAAGAAAGUUAAGAAUCUGAUUAAGAAAUUUAAUGCAGAGGAUGAAGAUGAACAUUAAGAGGAACAUGAAAGUUAACAAGAAGAAGUACAAUAAUAAACAAAACAAUCAUUAAAAUAAUUGUUAUCUGGUGUUAUUAAGAGAGAUGUUAAAAGUGACAAGGCUAUUAUGGCAGAUAAAUAGAAAAUAUUAAAUGAACUCACAAGUGAAAAAUAAAAACAAAAAGAAAUUGGAAUAAAGAAAAGCAUUAAAAAGUUAGAAAAAUUAAACAUAGUAGGGCUGUUGUUGAAAAAGGACAUAUUGAUCCAAGAGUAUCAACCAAUAGAGAUUAAGAAAGAGAGUUGAAAGUUAUUGCAGCUAAAGGUUUGGUUAAAGUAUUCAAUGUACUUGCUGAAAUGAGAUAGAAAUAAAAUGAAUGAGUUU